UUAGACUUUCCUGCACCGCGUGUACAGAACUUUUGAUCACAACAAAGAAUAACUUCACUCCCAAGUUCUCUUCUUCAAUAUUCUUGGUCUCAUUUCCUUCCUCCCUCACCCAUUUAUUUGCUAUAAAAGUCAUAAUUAUUGUCCCCUUAUAUUGACCAUAACCAAAAAUUAAAGCUGCCUACAAUUUACUCACAUAUAUAUAUCCCAAUCAAAGCCAAAGAAGAAAAAAAUUCUAACAGGAAUAGACAAAGAGAAGAUCAUAAGACUGAUUAUUGCGGAAAGAUAAGAAAAAGGAAACUUUCUAGCACUCCUGUUUAUUUUUAAUUUGUUAAGGGAUGGUGAAGGUGACAAUUAUAGGGAGGGUGAGUGAUGGAAUGCCCCUAGCCCAAGGUCCAAGACAUGUUGUUAAUGAAGAGAAUGAUGUCUUAACAACUUACAAGCAACAAGCUGAGUUCAUUCUCAAGGAAAUUUCAUUACAAGCCUUGCCCUCCUCCAAGAUGACAAUUCUUGUAGAUCACCACUGCUUCAACUACAUAGUUGAGAAUGGGAUUUGCUUCCUAACGUUAUUCGAGUCAUCAUAUCCAAGAAAGCUGGCAUUCCAUUAUCUACAAGAUUUGCAGCUGGAGUUUGAAAGACUAGAUAGGAGCCUCGCUGACAGAAUUACAAAGCCAUAUACCUUCAUCAAACUUGAUACUAUCAUUGGCAACAUUAGGAAGCAAUAUGUGGAUACAAGAACACAGGCAAAUUUAUCUAAGCUAAAUGCUCAUCGUCAAAAGGAUGUCGAUAUUAGGACAGAGGAAUUAUCACUAAUAACAGAGAGAAGACGAAGAGCAGAAAUGAUAGAGAGAAUGACGGAAGCUCAUAUAAGUACUUCUCCAAUUUGGGGGUCUAAAAGGCUUGAGAUCAUCGCGCUGAAAUGGACACCAGUUACAAUCCUUCUCGUUGUUGCUUCUGCUCUUCUAUGGACCGGCUUAAUCCUCCAAGAUGAUUUUCGAUAAUGGUGAACCAAACUUUACAUGAAAGAUCUUCUUCUAAUGUCUCCAAGGAAAAUGCUUCAAUGGUGUAAAUGAAGAAAUCGUCAGGAUAUCCACUGGCUGGAGACUAGCGGGGGCCAAUUAGGAACGUGGACAUAACCAGAUAAAGAUGCCUCUGGGCACAUGAUUUGUGCUAUAUUGUUAUUGGAUUUGAAGCCUUAUUCAUCUGAUUAUUUGUCCUGUAAAUGGAUUAACUUAAUGUAUUUAUUUUUUAUGUCAAAUUGUUUACCUGUUAGACUACUUGCCACUUGCAAUGUCAAAUGGUUAUCGAUAUGCCUUCUACCACCUUGUAAAAAUAUCAUCAUUUGCAAAAUCAAUAAAAACUAGUACUAUAUUAUCUGCUGAA